UUCUGUGGUUCACAUCACAUCCAAUUCCAAACACUAGUCAUGGCUCAAUUUGUGUUGCUCAUCAUCUUCAUCUUCAUCUUCUCACUGCAAAGCUGUGGUGUGGACGGCGCUCGCAACAUUUCUAUAACUCUGUUGAAGAAUGCUCUUGCCAAAGGAGCAGUUUGCCUUGACGGCAGCCCUCCCGCUUAUGCCUACAGUCGAGGAUUUGGAGAUGGAGCAGACAACUGGCAUGUCUAUUUACAGGGUGGUGGGUGGUGUGACUCAAGAGGUUCUUGCUUGGAUAGAUCCAAAAAUGAAUAUGGAAGUAGUACUGUCAUUAUGGCCACAAAAAAUGGUACUAUAACAUUCCGCGGGAUGCUUGCAGAUAAUUCCACGUUCAAUCCUGAUUUCUAUAACUGGAAUGUUGUUUACAUUUUCUACUGUGAUGGCUCGUCGUUUAUGUCAGACAUCGAGGAGGUAGAUCCGGUGCACAACCUCACUUAUAGAGGUGGAAGGAUCUACGAGGCCAUGAUGGAUGAGCUGCUGCGAAUGGGAAUGGGAAACGCUAAAAAUGCUUUACUGUCGGGCACUUCAGCUGGUGGUUUAGCCACAAUCCUACACUGUGACAAGUUUCAAGCAUUGUUUCCUGAUUCUACUAGAGUCAAGUGUCUAUCCGAUUCAGGAUUUUUUAUUCGUGGACAAUAUUUCACGGGAGCUGAUCUGAGGGAAGGUCGCUUCUACGGUGUGGUAAAAACAAAUAAAUUGGAGAAUUUGUUGCCCACAUCGUGCACAACGAAAUUCAAUCCCAUUCUGUGUUUUUUCCCUGAAAAUUUGGUCAAAGACGUCCAAACCCCACUCUUUUUAAUCGAAUCAGCCUUUGACCAAUUUCAGCUUUCGGAAAAUGUGUUCAAUGGCAAAUCUUUAAGUCCAAGUUGGUACAAUUGCACCCAAAUUGACUUGAUGCUUUGCAAUUGGACUGACUUACAAACCAUGAAAGAUUUUAGGACCACAUUUAUACAGACAUUGAAGAGUACAAUUGUUGAUAGCUCUUCAAGAAGAGGCUAUUUUGUACAUAGUUGCUACCGUCAUGGUCAUAUUACAGAAAAUUUCUACUCGACGUGCUCAUCUUUGUUUGGAAACAACAUACUCGCUAACAAAAUAGUAGCACAAGCCGUAGGCGACUGGUAUUUUGAUCGGAGCAAAUUCGAGGAGAUUGACAUUCUUAAUGACUUGCCACGAAAGUGUAGUUUCUGCUAAUAAAAUGGUCUUCAAUGGGUAAAUGGGUUAUUAAUCUUCUAUCUAGAGUAAUUAAUUAGUUAGAGGGUUGGUUCACGACGAUCCAUAUGAUGAUGAUAUUGUACAAAAAUAAAAGUAUAUAUAUUGAAAUAAAUAUAUGAUCAAUUUUGAAAAAAA